UGGAAGGAAAGUGCAGCCAGGCCCCUAAGGCCCUCUGCUAUCAUGGCCUUGAGACCCGAGGACCCCUCUGCUGGGUUCCAGCAUGGCAAUGUGGUGGCUUUCAUCAACGAGAAAAUGGCCAGACACAUAAAAGGCCCUGAGUUCUACCUGGAGAAUAUAUCCCUGUCCUGGGCGGAGGUGGAAGACAAGCUCAGGGCUAUCCUGGAGAACAGCGCAGUGACCAGCGAGGCCAAAGAGGCCUGUGCCUGGGGUAGCCUGGCCCUGGGCGUGCGCUGUGCCCGCAGGCAGGGCCAGUUACACGCUUGCAGGGUGCAGUGGCUACAAGACUUCACCAAACUGCACAAAUCGGCCUUACAAGCCUUGGCCUCCAACAUGAAGGAGGUUACCGAGAAGCACGAAAUGGAGUGCAAAGAGGCAGCCUAUCAGCUGCAGCUGACGCUGGCCAAACUGGCUGAGGUUCAGAAAGAGAAGGAACUGCUGAGGUGGAAGCUUCUCCAGGCUGAGAUGGUGUCUUCCUGGGAAUGGCAGCAGGUUUCAGAGGAGCCAGGCCUGGCUACUACCAGUGUGUUUGGGGCAGAAGGAGCAGAAGCACAGAUACCAUCCCCACCAUGGGCAGCCUUCGCAGCAGGAGCUCCAUCUCAGGCUGCCUACUGGGGCCCCUCUAUGGAGGGGGCCCAGGGAAGAGAUCCUCAAGAACCCCAGAGAGACCAGAGAGCCUUUGAGCCCCAACAGCUGAGAAGACCUCCAGCAUCUCACAGGCCCGGGGAUUGGAACUGCUCUUGGUGUAACCCUGUGAAUUUUUCAGGGAGGGAAAUUUGCUACCACUGUGGGAGGGGCACCUGGUUACAGAACCCUUAAAUUCAGAAAUGUGAAAUAUAACAAAUAUAUCCCAAAGGGAUAUCAAUAUUUGGUGGGGGGAGGGGCUGUGUUGAGUGGGGGUAAGGGAAUGAGUGGGAGAACAAGACUAGUGGAGUUGGAGGGAGGCAGGGCGGGAGGUGGGAGAGAAAUGCUUUGAUGAUCCUCUUUGUGUUCCAGAGCAACGGUCACCGACCGGUGGUCUGCAGACCACUGGUGGUCCACGAGGUCCGAAAGGUUGGUGACUGCUGGUUUAAGGAAACCUUUGGAGCAGCGUCCACCAACUGUUGGUCCGCGGACCACUGGUGGUCCAUGAGGUCCAAAAGGUUGGCGGCCGCUGUUCCAGAGCAUAAGUAUUCGACACCCAGAAGUGCUGUUUAUUUCUAACUGGAGCUGCUUACUCUUCUGUGGAACCAGAUUAUUUCAAAGUCAGAAAUUGGCACCAGAAGAGCAGUGACAAACCACAGACUGUCAAAGAAAAUGUCAGAACUGGCCAGGGAGAUACCUCAGUGAUUGAUGGGUAGUUGGGAUUCCUGCUCCCAAGAGUAUCCAGGGAUGAACUUAACAAGAAGCUCAUUCAUGUUCUGAAGAUUUGCCACCCCUAAGAGAAUCCCUCAGGGCUAUCUACAGAAGACACCACACCAGCUACAGUCGAGAAGGACUGCUGUGACUAUUCAGCCCAUGACAAGAGAAUCCUCCCCAGUUCCCAGUGAGCAGAACUGGGGACAAUCAAAUGUGAACGUGGAACAAAAGCCACUGCCAAGCCCACAGGUGGAAGGAUGGUGAGGAGUCACACCAGACUGAGACAACUGGAGGAGCCCAGGACAUCACCUGGCCACUGUGGACCUAGAGACUGAAGUUGUCAUGGCCCUGCAACAUCUCUGCAGCAGCUGCAUGUGACUGGGCUAUUUCCUUUUGGGGCAAGUGUGGAUAACCAUCAGAAUUGGGGACAAGAUACCUAGUUUGUACUUAUCAGAAAUAACCUUGGGCUUGUUUAUAUCCUUCUAGGGCAGGGCUUCCCAAACUCAGCACUCUCGACAUUUGGAGUUGGAUAAUUCUAUGUUGCAAAUGGCUGGUACACUGUAGAAUGUUUGGCAGAAUCCCUGGUUUCUACCCUGAUGCCAGUAGCACAUCCCCUAAGUUAUAACAACCAGAAAUGUCUCGAGAUAUUGCCACAUGUCCACUGGGGGGUAAAAUUGUUCCUCGCGGGCAACCAUGGAGGCAAUGAAAUACUUAAGAGUAUUCAGAAUAGGGUGAAGAGAGGUGCCAGGGGAGCAAGUCAGCAGUGCCCAGGGCUGGAGGGGGCCUCUAAGACAGGAGGUAAAAAGUGUUCAUUGGGUCUGGCAUUCACUUUUGAUCUUUGAGCAAAUCUGGGUGGGGGAGAAGCAGAAGCCAAACUGACAGUACUGAGGAGAGAGGGAGCAGGAAGUAAGGAAGUACAGUCAGCGAAGGGAGCUCUUCAAGGACUCCUGGCUGUAAAGGGAAGGAGUGAUGUGAGAUACAUAGCUGAGAGGGUUCUUUUGACUAUGGGAGAAACUGGAGCCAUGGGGAAGGAGACAGUUGAAGAAAGCUUGAAAACACAAGAAAUAUAUAAAAGAAUGGGACAGAUCCUGCCCUACUGCAUUGGAGGACUAUCUAUUCUACUGUUCAAAAAUAUAUGAAAGGUCAAUUUUGUUUUUUGUGAAACAAAACCCCCAAAAGUAUUGUGUAUAUGUAUGCUAUGUAUAUUAAUAGAUGUUUUGUGUGCCUUAUGUUACAGAUUUAUAUUUGAAUAAGCAAAAAAAAGACACUUAGCAAACAAGGUAUUACCUAGGGAGACUGGGAUCAGAGUCAGGGGAUGGAAAGUAGGAGUGGAUGGGUGCGGGGGAUAUAGGGUGCAUUGGGGUUGGUUACAGUAAGGCACUAGGGUGGAGGAAUUGUAUAUCUUCAGGUACUUCUGUGCUGUGUAAAAUGAAAUAAAUGUUCACAAAAAUACAGAAAAAGGAAAU